AUGAAUUUGUUGUGUAAAAAUAAAAAGUCCAAUGGAGAAGUGGAUAAGAUAAUGAAUGAGCAUAGAGUAUUUACAGAAACACGUGAAAGUAUAAUUCCUUUAGAAAAUAAGACAGUUGCAAUUCCCUUUUGUUAUAGUAAAUACAUAAUCAACAACUCCUUUACAAAGAUUCUACACCCUAUAGACGCUAGACAUAGUGAUAUAUUCAACACAAACUUUAAAGGCACAAACAAUGUGUUCUCGUUAAGAAACAAAAAACAAAAAACGAAAAAUAAAAAAGACAUGUACGAAAAAAAAGGAAAUACUAAGAAUCAUGAACCCCAAAAUGUUGAUACAAAUAUGUUUGAAACAAACGUUGAACCCUUUAAUUCGGUAAAUUUUGAAAGUCACAGCAAGGUGAAACCCUUGCAAAAUACAUGUUCUGAAGGGGAAAUGUGCAGCAUAUACUCAAAUUUACAAAAUACUAAUACACAUGGAGCAAUUAGAAAAUUAGAGCAUUUUGACUACUUAAUGUACAACGUAAUUAAAAAUGAACAGGAGAAAAAAUUACAGUUGAAAAAACAUAUAAAAUCAAAAAACAAUAUUACCAUUAUAAAUAACCUGUAUUCCAAUACAACGCAAAUGGUAGAUAACGGUACACUUAAUCUUGUUCAGAUUAAUAAAAACAUUGUAAAUUCAGAAAGGAUAUCUGAAGAAAAUAACAGAAAAUUGCAAGAUACUAAAUAUUCACUGCUGGAAAAACAUAAUGUAAUGAACCAAAUAAAAAUGUCUAAUGGUUAUACUGCGAAAAAGAAUAGAAAAUCAUCUGCGAAAUCAGGUAAGGAACAUGAUUUACUUGUUGAUUCUGAGAAUGAGUUAAGGAGAGAACAAUCUUUGUCUAUGAUAGAUGCUCAUAAAAAAAACGUAGGAGGAAUCAUAAAAGGAAACACUGAUCAAUAUAAUGCUUCAGAACAGCAUUAUGAAAUUUUUGAUGAUAUGCGUACUUUAAUUAAUGGAAAGAUAAAAAAAAGGAAAAAAAAAAAUUUGGGGACUUGCCUUUUUAGCCUAAACAAUUUUUCCUGUUAUUUCCUCAUGACAUGUGAUAAGACAUAA